AUGUUCAAAGUAAAUUUAUUCUCAAAGUACAUAUAUGAGAUUCUUUUUCUUGCGGGCAUUCACAGAAAAUGCAAGACACACAAUAGAAUCAACGAAAGGCCGCGCCCAACAGGACGGAAAACAAUUAACUAUGCAAACACAAAAAGCGAGAGAAAAAAAUAAACAAUAACAUCGAGAACAUGAGAUGAAGAGUCCACAGGCUGUUCAGUGACGGGGUGAGUGAAGUCGAGUGAAAUCAUCCCAUCUGGCCUGAUAGUUGGAGAACCCGAACCUGGUGGCGUGGGGUCCCUUCGCAGCAUCUGAGAGAGAGAGCAUGGCCUGGAUAGUGGAGAUUCACGACGACGUAUGCUGCUUUUCUGCUACAGUGCUCCAUGUAAAUGUGCUCAAUGGCGGUGCGAUUUGCUUCCCUUUUGAACUCCCGCUUUACGGGAAUUCUGUUAAUUCAUCUGCGCCCAGCAUAGAGUUAUGAACCAAGAUAGCAGAUUGUCUCCCUGCGUGCUGCAUUCCCUGAACACCGAGGUGAAAGAGUGAGCUGCGUGUCCCAGCCCCCGUGGACGUGGCUAAUCAGCAUUCGGCUGCAGCGUCGGAUUACCUAGUGACGCAUUCUCCAAGUGUUGAGCUCUGUUUUGUGUCCGGGCCAACACCACUCACUCCUCCUCCUCCACCAUUAUGAUAAACCUUCCUUUGAGCUCACGACUUCUUUCCGAUUUUUUUUCUGCUUUGCCAGUUUUUGUUUAAAUCGUGAAUAAACCGAAUGGUCACCGGUGACCUCAAGGAUGGCAAGGAGAGCGAGUAAGAACUGGGGCGACCAAGAGAUCAAAGGAUUGUUGUCCAUUUGGAAAGACAGGUCCAUUCAGGAUCAGCUGGCCGGAACAGUGAGGAAUAAAGAUGUGUUCGUGAGGAUCUCCAACAACCUUAAAGAAUUAGGGGUCAAUCGCGAUUGGAAGCAAUGCCGGGCCAAAGUGAAGAACCUGAAAUACGAAUACAGGAUCAUGGUGAACCAAAGGAAAUCCGGCAGGCUGUGCAAAUCCAUGCGGUUCUACAAUGAAAUUGAUGCAGUGUUAGGCUGUCGUAAUCCCCAGACCGAGGGAGUUCAGGGCAGAACCUUCCUUAAUGUGGUCAUCAAAGAGGAAGAGGAAGGGAAAUUACAAAAUGCACUGCCCCCGGUCUCUUCAGCCUCCGAAAACAUUACAGGUAAGCACAGAUUACCAAUGCUUCGAAGGCAUGUUACUGUGAGGAGUGGUGAUUACAGGGAGGACGUUUCGGGGAAUUGCGGGACAACGUUGCAUGGUUUUCAAGCUAAGAAUUUGGCCUCUUUUUUUGGUUGCAUUUCUUGCUGUGCCCAACCAGUCACAACCAUCAGCAGAGAUGAGGAAGAGGAUGAAGUUCUGCCUCAACCACAGUCAGGAGCAGAAGGUGUUACAGCAGACACAGAAGCUCCCAUAGAAGAAGAAACAAUGAGCACAAGCUCAGAGGACCCUGUCACUGCAAGCAGAAAAAGGACUGAACAUGAGCAUGAUUGCUCGGUGCCAAAGAAGAGGAUGAAGGUGAAGAGAGGAACCAUGUUUCAGAGACACAUUGGGACCAUUAUCAACACCUUCAUGGACUAUCAGAGGAAAGCUGAAGAAAGGUUCUACAAAUGGGAGGAAGAGAGGCGGAGGGAGGAACGUGAGCACGAGCUGAGGAUUAUCCAGCUAUUGCUCGAUCAUUCCAGAUCCUCGAUGAUUCAAACGCCUCAGACUCCGGAUUAUCUGAGAUCGCUGCACAGUCAGAACACCCAUAUAUUCACUCCUUCUCCCUCAAACAAUUAACAGUUACGUUUUCUUCAUUGCUUAUGUGCUCUGUUCAUCAAUGUUAACCAGGAGUGUAUGAGCUGCGGUAUUUUUUAACCUGGUCUGUAGCUCCUACAGGAUCCAAGUUUAAAGGAAAAGGGUAUAGAGACCAAGUUAACUUGAAGACACAUUCCCUUGUUAAACUAACCAUUAACCUCUAUACACUAAAUGUUCCAUGAAAACAAGCCAAGUUAACCGAACUCUACCUUUAGGUGUUUUAAUGUAGUUCUCUCAGCUUGACUGGGAGGAGGCAAAUUCGCAUGAAUCAUUCUCCAGUUUACUGAUCUGUUUAAAGGUACAUGUUUGGAUAUUGGGGGAAGGUCAAAAUGGAGCACAGAUAAAACUAGCUCCCUCUACAUGGUUGAAAAUCCUGCUGAUGUUUGUUGCUUACAUUUACAUAUUAACAAUUGGACAGAGUGCCGGAAGCUUGUAAGCAGUUGUGGAAUGCUAUCAUAGUACGAAUCCGGAGAGGUGCGAACUUUUAACUUUAAAAGCAAACUGUGAAGGUUAAAGCAUUGAAAAGAGAAAGAACUCGGGUAUAUUUUGGAUAAAACCCCAAAAAAAAAUUUUUGCUUGAAAUAUUUGUUUUAUCACCCCCACUUUCUUGCUUUGUAGAAGUUCACAGCUGGCUGCUACUGAAGUCUGAUGCUGUAAUGUUCAAUUGCUUCAGAAAAACAGACAGCUUAGAUGUGCAAAGAUUGAUGAGUGAUGUUUAUUACAACACAAAUCACUAAACACUGAUUCAGUAGGUAAAUCUGUUGCUUUUGCUGUUUUAGAAUACUUUAUCACUGGGAAAUACUGUCCCUCAGAUUGAUUAAUAACUUACUGGUUAAAUGCACUGUGGGAUGUGCUAAAAGGGAAAUGUAGCUUUCUGUUUUGAUUUCCUUAAUACUUAAGCAAAAGUAUUUUUGGGAAGAGUGCCAUUAUUUUGGAGUUAUUCAGUUAGAGCAGGAAUCAGUCUGUCCAGUGCUAAUUAGCAUUUUUGUGCUGGGUGACAACCGAUGAUGGCUCCCUAGUUAUAGGAUUCCAGAACAGUACACCAGAGUAUAGUCAUCCAAUUGAAAUCAUUGCCCUAUUCUGUUCGUGUUGAUCCAGUUCCUUUGGGUACUAUUGAUGUGUUUCCACUAAGCUGUCAGGCAGCAGGUUCCAUAUCUAAACAUAAUAGUUCCAUCGUUUUGUCGCAUAUUUAUGGCUGUUACAUUAAAUUUGUGCUGUCAGAUCAAUGCCCAAUCAGUAAUUGAAAGCAUUUCCUCGUUUUCUAUUCCAUCUAAAUCCUCCUUAAUUUUAAACCAUACUACAGAUUUUUCCCUUGAGGCAAUUGACAUUCAGCCAUAGUGGGUUGCUGGGGUGUGGGAGGGGGGUGUAGAAAGAGGAUGCUAGAGUCAAACAUAAGCCAGAUUGGGUAAGGAUAACAGAUUUCCUUUCCAGAAGGGCGUAAGUGAACAAGAUGGGCUUUGAAAUGAUCAAUCCAGUGAUCUCAUUGGCAGCAGCACAUGAAACCUAUCGACAAGUAUUGGCAUGAAUGAAAACUGUCAGGUUACAAGUCUCAUCAUGUUAUCUGAAGACCCGGCAACUGGUCUACUUGGAUUCAAUUCCUGAUGUUCCACUUUCAGAAAAUAAUUUGUGCUGGUUGAUUAGUUAAAAACUGAAAACUACACAAAGUAGAGCAUACUGUACAAGCAUUGCAUUGUGCAUCGUUACCUUUUAUGAUACAGUAGUGUGUUCCAUGAUCCAGCCUUGGAGUAUUGUAUAUGUUAAAUGAGAUCUUUCAUCGGAAUGCUUCUAUCAUUCAUGUACAAAAAUAAUGAAAAUGGAAAUACUAGCCAACUUCUGGUUUAUUAAAAGUGAAUUAAAUGUUUAUUAA